AUGCCCGCCACAGAAUUCAUUCAAGACAACUUCCUGGUUCACGAAACCGAACCCGAUGUGCUCGACUUGUGGCUCUGUGAUUUCGGGGGCUCCACGUGCGAAGAGCUAGGUCUUGACGGCAAGCAUCUUCCAGAUCCUGGCUUCUUUGAUCCUAGUCUACCUUGGGAAUCGCAACCUAUGACCGAUAUAUUCAGCAUCGGCUCUCUCCUCUACAGCAUCCUGACUGGACACUGGCCAUUCCGAGAGCCCGGACUAGGGUCGUUUAAGACGACAGAGGAGUGUGACUCUUACCGCACUGUUGCUGAUCAGAUGUUCAAUGUUGACGGAAUUCUCGGAGGAGAUGUAAUCUCAGGGUGUGGGAUGAAGCGCUUCAAGAGUGCCGAAGAAGUUUUGCAAGCAUGGGAUUUAGCAGUGAAGACGAUGGCUAACUAG